CGUGUCUAUAAAUAAUUGUUCGGUGGAGUUUCCAGUGUCAUUGUGCCCGUCUAAUCUCAGUCCAUGUGGUGAGGGAUUAAGAGCUGACUGGUUAAGUGUUCUUUAUUUGUCACCUGUGUGCAGAUCAGGCCGUCGCUGCUCUUACAUCACGCUCCAGAACGACGCGGAGGUGACUUCAGGACGCACGCUUGUUUGUUUGUUUGUUUGUUUACAAAGGAAAAUCUGGAUCUUCAGCAUUUUAACAUUAAUGUUGCUUUACUCCAAAGAGACCAGCGCGGGAAACGUUUGAAUUACUCAUGAAAACAUGGGAGUUGAUGACAUAACAAACCUGACGGAUGAAUGAGUGGACAAAAAUACACAAAUAUAAGUUCAUAGACGUCUGAUCAGCCCGACACCACACACAACAUCUGACCACUAAUUUAUACAGAACAUGAUUCUGUUCAAAGAAAAAGUAAAAAACCAGAAUAAAGACACAAGAAAAAUACAGUUGCAGAGAUGGAAAUAUGAUUUCCCAUCAGGAGAAUCAGUACAAAGUGUAUUGUAACUUAAUCUGCGACUAAACUCUGUAUGUUCUACAACAGACUCUUAAUAAAUGUGUUAUUGGGAUGCUACAGAGUGACAAGAAAGAAAAAUAAUGGAGCUUUCAAAGAGUUUCAUUUAUUAUUCAUAAGAAGCUUCAGAGGAAACUUGUGCCUGUACUUGUGCUUGAUUUAUUUAUCAUUUUUCCACCUCUCAUGGCUCAGAUUCUCCUUUUGUUGAUGUGAAGAGACUCAGACGAACCAUGAAACCACUAAAACAAAGUCACAUGUGCUCAAGUUCAACAUGAAGAGUUUCAUGACGCAGCAUGUUUGAGUAAAACGCCGGUGGGCUGUCGGACAGACAGACAAUAAGAAUCAAUCAUCGGCUCUUCUGCAGACAUGCGGUGUGUCUAAUGUGGAACACGGCUUGUAUUUUUAUCUCGUUGUCCUUGAUCCUUUCGUCUAUUUGUGUCUGAGCUGGUACAGAAGAGGACAGGGCAGAGGUGGCACAUGAAGGAACAAAACAUUUGAGGGGAUUAGCGAGCUCGGGGGACUUUAAAAAGGAGGAGCGGCGAGCAGAGAGGCAUCCGACGAGCGACGAGCAAAGCAGCAGCAUCGCAACAACUCUCUGAGACUUCAGCAGAAGCUAACUAAUCGAAAUGGCAGACUUCGACGUUGCCGCACCCGCCGAGAAGAGGGCACCUCCCAAGUUCAAGCAGAGGGCCAUGCGCACCUUCAAGAGCAAGGCGCCCAAACCAGGCCAGAAGGGAUUCGGAGACGACAUCCCCGGCAUGGAGGGCCUCGGCACAGACAUCACAGUGAUCUGCCCAUGGGAAGCCUUCGGGGACAUGGAGCUCAGCGACCUGGCGAAAUAUGGAAUUGUGUAGCCGUGUCCUCCUCCGGCUUCACCCCGACUAUCGGCUCUCGACUCUCCCUCGUGUAUUCCAACAGCUGGAAAUGUCGUACUUAGAGGGGAGGCAGCUUUUGAUGAUUUAGAGGUUUGACCUGGAAAUAAUAAAUCCAGCUCUCUCUCUUGCCUCAUGCACUUUAUUUCCUCCCUCCUCCACCUCCUUCCACCUCCACCAAAUUCUGCAAUCGUCCUUGUAACGAGUGGCGUCAGCAGCUCUGAGGAUCCGAGCUCGUACUUCCCACAAGGGGAGGUAUAAAUUUAAAGUAUACUGCGUAUCACGAACGUUGGGUUUGGUAUCUGUUACUGUGAUAUCCCGGCACCGUUUGGCUCUCCUCCACUCUUCCUCCACCUCUUCUCCUCUAAGCUGCCGAUCCGACAUGCACAGAUGUUUAUUUUGUCUAUUAGAUAGAUGAAAAUAUAUUUUUAUGAGUAAACUGUGAAAAACUUUCCCCUGCAAACACAAUAAAUUAAUAUUUUGCAUAGAACA